AUUUGUAUAUUCGUGUGGUCAAACGAAGUGUCGCGUUUCCGUCGGGUGAACUUUGAUCGCUCAUGGAUAACAGGAAAAUACAGUGAAAAAGAAAAAAGAAAGAGAGAGAGAAAGAGAGAUUGAAGAUCUAGGAUUUCGUUGUUCAAUGCUUACCGAAGACACGAGAAUUAAGGAGGAAUAUUUUGAUUAAGAAGAAUAUAAAGAGAAGAGUUCGGAAGGAUGUCGUUGCCGCGAGGUGUCGGACUCGGCGUCGAUGUCGGUCAAUUGAUGCAACAUCAGCAACAACAACAUCAUCAACAACAGCAUCACGUAUUACCGGCAGCUUUUUUUCUACGGGCCAGUGCCGAAAGAUAUCAGAGGACACCGAAAUGUGCUAGAUGUCGUAAUCACGGAGUCGUUUCCGCCCUUAAGGGACACAAGCGUUAUUGCCGAUGGAGGGACUGCGUGUGUGCGAAAUGUACCCUUAUCGCUGAGAGACAACGCGUCAUGGCAGCUCAGGUCGCGUUAAGAAGACAACAGGCUCAAGAAGAGAGCGAAGCACGUGAACUUGGAUUACAAUUACAAUACAAUACCGGUAGUUGCACUGGUACACCGGUAUUGUCAGGAUCAGCCACAGCAACGACACCAACCGAUAGUCCAUCACCACAUCCGGUUCACGUAACGAAUCCGACGGGCUUGGCUAUUCCAGCAGCGGCCGCGGCUGCUGCUGCAGCUGCAGCAGCAGCACACAUUCAAACGCAAUUGACACAACCUGAAUGUGGUAUGAUACAACGAAAAAGAUCGAUUCAAGACGAUUACAGACAACCUAAGCAAGAAAAACCCGACAUGAUCGUUGGCGGUUCAAAGAGAACGAGACUUUCCGAUCAUGCUAAAGGAACGAUAUUAGCUGGGGAUGAUACGGGAAACGAAGACGAUCGCGAAUCAGAUUCAGGUGGUGAGCUACGUGCCAAUCAUCCACUCGUUGUUUCCAGUCCCGUCGACAGUCAAGACGCCGAAGUAGCAAGAAUGCGUACAAACAGCCUAAACGAUUCCGAAGAAGGAAGCCCGGAGCCGGGUUCAUCGAGUCCCACGCAUACACCACCCCUAACGCCUGCACUUACACCACAAAGAGAAAGUACACCAGCACCGGAGAACCUAAGCUUGCGUAAAAGCGGAAGUCCACCACAGACACAGCAAACUCCGCAAGCGGUCGAUCUCGUACAACCCAGACCAAGUCCGCCAUUAGCAUCCUUGGCAGCAGCAGCAACGUCGGUACAUUUUCCUACAUAUGCACCACUUUACGGACCAGCGGUUAGUUCACUUUAUUGUUCCCCGACAAUCUAUCAACAUCAACAUCAUCCGAAUGUACACGAGCCACGAGAAAUACAAAUGCAAAUGCAAAUGCAGAAUAUUCAACAACCAUGUGGUAUACAAGUUCAACAGCAACAACCACAACAGCAACAGCAACAACAACAACAGCAACAACAACAACAGCAGCAGCAACAACAAAGGUCUCCGGUCGACGUUUUACUUCGCGUAUUUCCUGGAAGACGUCGAGCCGACGUAGAAGCCCUUCUACAUCGAUAUAAGGGUGACGUGGUAUCAGCGAUGGAAGUACUCGUAUGCGAGGACAGUCUUCAACCAAAAUCAGCGUUCUCACCAUUGGCGGGUGCUUUGGCUUCAGCAGCAGCUGCUUCGGCAUCAGUUUCAGCAGGUUACACGACACGCAGUGCUUAUUGUACAACACCGAUCCCAUCAACGAGACAUAGAUUUCUCGCAGCACCUUACGCUGGUACCGGUUACCUACCAACCGUGAUAAAACCACCUAAUCAAAGUAUUCACGCAAAUGGUACUGGUGAUGCCUAUCGAGAAACCUCACCGGAUGACGCCAGUGAUAAAACCAGUUAUUCCGAGUGACCUGAACAAGAUAGGACCACUGUUUGGUCGUAUUUGCAGUAGUCGAAGAUAUAUUUCGACCGCCAUUUUUUCAUUAUUUUUUUUUCCGAGAAGAACGAACUACAUCUAUAGGCUAUUCUAAUAAAAAUCAAAGAAAAAAAGGAGAGCCGUUAUUUGAAAAAAAAAAAGAAAGAAUAAAUUAUCAUCGUUCUCUCCGAUCAAACUUUUCUUCCGGUUCGGACUCGAUACCAAUAUGGCGGUUGUAUAGAAGAAAUCACGUC